CAGACUGUCUCCAUCUCAUCUCCUUCUGAUCCGUACGGGCAGGUGGCUACAUGCUGAAGUUUCGCUCUCUCUCGCCUCCGCAAUCCCUUUCUGUCUCUAUCCUCUGUAGUCCCACGGGCAGUCGAUUGACGCUGGUGACUGUAAUGCCAACUUCUUGUCUUUCGUAUUGCCGGGAGUCCCGAUAAUAAUAACACCGCGCAGCCAUCACGAUAGGUACUCAUUCCCACACUUGGCACCCACUGGUUCGAACCCUCCACAUUCGAGGAGAUUGAUGAAAAAUGGCACCGUCUCGACGUCCUGCUGGCGGGGAGAAGAAGAAUCGCGGUUUUGGUCGCUUCAAGGCAUCAGCCGAUGCGCCGACGAGCGAUGGAGGACGAGGCAAGCCCCAGGUUAAGAAGGCCACUUUCGAAAGCACGAAGAAGAAGGAGAUUGGCGUUUCGGAUCUUACCUUGCUCAGUAAGAUCUCCAACGAAGCCAUUAAUGAUAACCUGAAAUUACGGUUCGAACACGGAGAGAUCUAUACAUAUAUCGGACAUGUCUUGGUUUCAGUUAACCCCUUUCAAGACUUGGGUAUCUACACGCAACAGGUCCUCGAUUCUUAUCGAGGAAAGAACCGACUCGAAGUUCCCCCUCAUGUUUUUGCCGUCGCAGAGUCCGCUUACUAUAACAUGAAAUCCUAUAAAGAUAACCAGUGUGUGAUUAUUUCUGGAGAAUCCGGUGCAGGGAAGACAGAGGCCGCAAAGCGCAUCAUGCAGUACAUUGCAAGUGUUUCAGGAGGCGGCGAUUCGCACAUCCAACGCACGAAGGACAUGGUCCUAGCUACCAACCCUCUCCUAGAGUCGUUUGGAAAUGCGAAGACGCUGCGAAAUAACAACUCGUCGCGUUUUGGAAAGUAUCUGGAGCUGGAGUUCAAUGCUAAUGGUGAACCUGUUGGUGCUAACAUCACCAACUACCUACUUGAGAAGUCAAGAGUCGUGGACCAGAUCACAAACGAGCGGAAUUUUCAUAUUUUCUAUCAGUUCACAAAAGCUGCACCUCAGAAGUACAGAGAUCUAUUUGGUGUACAACAACCCCAAUCCUACUCCUAUACCAGCCGGUCAAAGUGUUUCGAUGUGCCAGGAGUUGAUGAUACUGCUGACUUCAGUGAUACCCUCGAGGCGAUGAAAAUAAUCGGUAUGACCGAGCCUGAGCAAGACGAUGUCUUCCGGAUGCUGGCUGCGAUUCUGUGGAUAGGCAAUAUUCAAUUUGUUGAGGAUGACUCCGGCAACGCGUCCAUUAUAGACCAGUCGGUUAUCAAUUUCGUCGCCUAUCUUCUAGAGGUUGAUCCUGGGCAAGUGAACAAGGCGAUGACAAUCCGCAUUAUGGAGACUGCUCGUGGGGGUCGCAGGGGAUCCAUAUACGAAGUUCCGCUGAACACUGUGCAAGCGCUCGCAGUCCGAGACGCUCUAUCAAAGGCGAUCUACUUCAACCUCUUUGAUUGGAUUGUGGGGCGCGUCAAUCAGUCAUUGACCGCCAGGGGUUCCAUUGCAAACUCGAUUGGCAUCUUGGAUAUUUAUGGUUUUGAAAUUUUCGAGAGAAACUCCUUUGAGCAGCUUUGCAUCAACUAUGUGAACGAAAAGCUCCAGCAGAUCUUCAUCCAGUUAACACUGAAGGCAGAGCAGGAUGAGUACGCUCGCGAACAGAUCAAGUGGACCCCUAUCAAAUACUUCGACAAUAAGGUCGUAUGCUCUUUGAUUGAGGAUAAGCGCCCCCCUGGUGUAUUUGCGGCUCUGAAUGACGCUUGCGCUACUGCACAUGCGGACUCAGGUGCUGCGGACCAGACGUUUGUCGGCCGGCUGAACUUCCUCGGACAAAAUCCCAACUUCGAAAACCGCCAAGGCCAAUUCAUCGUCAAGCAUUAUGCCGGUGAUGUCAGCUAUGCAGUGCAAGGGAUGACGGACAAGAACAAAGAUCAGUUGUUGAAGGACUUGUUGAAUCUUGUUGGGUCGAGUUCCAAUCCGUUUAUUCAUACUCUGUUCCCAAAUCAGGUAAACCAGGAUGACAAGCGACGCCCUCCCACUGCAAGUGAUAAGAUCAAGGUCUCCGCGAAUGAUCUCGUGGCCACUCUGAUGAAGGCGCAGCCGUCCUACAUUCGAACCAUUAAACCAAACGACAACAAAGCUCCGAAAGAAUACAAUGUAGGUAACGUGCUGCAUCAGAUCAAGUACCUUGGUCUCCAGGAGAAUGUCCGGAUUCGCCGUGCUGGAUUUGCCUAUCGCCAGACGUUUGAUAAGUUCGUGGAGCGUUUCUACCUCCUUUCCCCCAAGACUUCAUAUGCUGGUGACUACACUUGGACUGGAGACGCGGAGUCCGGAUGCCGGCAAAUCCUAAAGGAUGCCGGUAUCCCAGCAGACGAGUAUCAGAUGGGUAUUAGCAAAGUGUUUGUCAAGACUCCAGAAACUCUUUUCGCUCUGGAGGCUAUGCGCGAUCGCUACUGGCAUAACAUGGCCAUAAGAAUUCAACGUGCAUGGCGAAACUAUGUCCGCUACCGUACGGAAUGUGCCAUUCGCAUUCAGCGCUUCUGGCGUCGUAUGACUGGCGGGCUUGAAUUCAUUAAACUGCGUGACCAAGGUCAUAAAGUACUACAGGGACGCAAGGAACGCCGACGAAUGAGUCUUCUAGGUUCACGUCGAUUUAUGGGUGACUACAUGGGCAUCGGUAACAAGGGCGGACCUGGAGAAAUGAUUCGCAGCCGUGCGGGCAUCUCCGGUUCAGAUAAUAUCAUCUUUUCCUGUCGGUCUGAGGUUCUCGUAUCUAAGUUUGGUCGAUCUAGCAAGCCCUCUCCGCGUUUCUUGGUAUUGACAAAUCGACAUGUAUACAUCGUAGCGCAGACCGUCGCUAAUAACCAAUUGGUUAUCUCUUCGGAGCGAACAAUUCCUGUUGGCGCGAUCAAGACCGUCAGCACAUCGAAUUUAAAAGAUGAUUGGUUUUCACUUAUUGUUGGCAGUCCUCAAGAACCUGAUCCACUUAUUAGUUGUGUCUUUAAGACGGAGUUCUUCACACACCUCACCAAUAUCAUGCGUGGUGUGAACGUGAAGAUAGGUGACGGCAUUGAAUACAACAAGAAGCCUGGCAAAAUCACGAUUGUCAAGGCUGUCAAAGAUCCUUCAGUGCCGAGAGAUGACGUCUACAAGAGUGGUACUAUUCGCACCGGACCUGGUGAGCCUGCGAACUCGGUCUCAAAGCCUACACCACGUCCAAAACAGAUUGCUGCCAGGCCGGUGACUAAGGGGAAGUUGCUCCGUCCAGGAGCCCCAGGUGGUGGACCGUCAAAACUGGGUGCAGCAGCAAGGUCGAGACCUACGCCUCAACCUUUGCCGCAGGCAACGCCCCAACCGGCUGCGCAGCCAAAGCCUGUUCCUCAGCCCCUUGCAAAUGUCGCGGCCGCUCACCAACGGACCGGCUCGACAGCGUCUACAAGAUCAGUGAAAGCACCGCCACCACCACCACCUCCUCCGGCAAAUCAUCCGGUUUCAAGGAAACCUACGGCAAAGGCUCUGUACGACUUUAACAGUGGACAUUCAAACGAACUGUCCAUUAAGGCCGGAGAGAUUGUUCAGGUUGUCUCGAAGGAAGGGAAUGGAUGGUGGCUGUGUAUGAAUAUGACCACGUCUGUUCAAGGCUGGACGCCAGAAUCGUAUCUCGAAGAACAAGUUGCACCUGCACCCAAACCUACGCCUCCUCCUCCACCACCAGCGGCAGCCCCCAGGGCCAGCCCGCAACCAGUGACCAACGGCGCUUCAGCAGCGGCCAAGGCGGCAGCAGCAAAGGCUAAACCGGCGCCUCCUGCCCCCCCUGCUAAGAGACCGAAUAUGGCUGGGCGAAAACCUGUUCCUCCGGUAGCUCCUCGAGACAGCGCUGUGAGCAUUAAUUCCCAUGACUCCUCCGGAGCCAGCGGUAGGGGUACUCCUAGCAGCGUAUCGAACGCUAGUUUUGCCGGCGGCCUUGCGGAAGCGUUGAAGCAACGACAGCAAGCUAUGCAUGGGAAAGACGAUGAUGACGAUGAGUGGGCUGACUGAAGAAUUGUCUAAAAACCGGUGACCUGCUGCUAGACCAUUUAUCAUUUCUGUCGUCUUUUUGGUUUCGUCCAGCCCCUUCUUAGUUUCCGUUUCCGCUUGUUUUCGAAUAUUUCCUUUUACGUGGUCUUUUGUUCUCUGUGGUCUGCGGUGACUGAUGCUCCAUACCCUUGGGUUUCGUCUGCGGACAGAUAGCAUUCCGGUGUUUCAUUUUGCGUUCUUAGAAUGUCACAGAAGCUUGAAUAUGUUAGAAUAUCCCCAAUACCAUGUUGUUAUCAUUUCUAAUGCAUUGAUACUGGAGUUCUUAAGGCAUCUUUAAGGAAUACGGCAUACCGUGAUUAUAGACAUUGGUCAGCUAGGAUUGGGGAGCGAGGUGAAUUUCCUUAAGAACCUCCAUUUGAUAAGGGACCUACCGGUACUAUAUGACUAAAGGAGCUAAUCUGUCAUUUCAAUACUGUUUC